GGCGCCCGAGUCCCCUCCCGCCGCCAAGCGCAAACGCGGUCGGCCGCCCCACGCGUCCAGGCCGUCCGCCGACGCGUCGCACGCCGGCGACGACACCCUCACCGGCGGGGGGCGUCACGACGACGACAACGACGACGACGAGCGCCGCCCACGGAAACGUGGCAAGACAGCCAUGGAGAAGCAUGGCGAGCCCGCCGCCGCCUCUGUGCUUCAUCCGCGGAAGCGAGGUCGGCCCCGCAAGUCUACCGACCUGCCCCUCGACGGACAGCAACAGCAGCAGCAGCCAGACGCGGAAGAAUUGCACGCUGCGCCGGCGAGGAGAGGUCGGCCACGCCAAGGCGACGACACUUCAACGCGUCGAGAAGAGGCUCCAGCGACGGAAGAAGAGGUAGCGCCGCGGCGGAAGAAGGGACGGCCCUCGCUGCAACGGGCCGACGACGUCAACGAGUCGCAUCGAGAGUCGCCUGAGCCCCAGUCUCUACAACAAGCAGCGCCCAAACGAAAGAGGGGACGUCCGUCGCUACAAAAAGCGCCGGGCGCAGAUAAGCAACCUGAGGAGCAGCAGCAGCAAGAAGCCGAGGCGCCUCGAGAAGCCCAGCGCCAGAAACGACGGCGCCAGUCGCCGAAACCUCCGCGAGAGGCAGAGAUAGCAGAUGACGACGACGACGACGACGAUGCUGCUAGCCGAGUGCGACGCGUACAACCAGCCAUGAAUAAGCCUCGGAAACGGGGCAGGCCUUCCCUGCACGGCAUCUCGCCCGCGCAAGCCCAGAACAAGAACGCCAGAGCGUGGCGGCGCAAGCCCGAGAAGCCACGCCGCCACGACGAGGAGGACAACAACAACAACACCGACGCCGAUGAGGAGGAGGCCGACGCGUCCGAAACGCAAGCACAGCCAAAUAGACGACGCCGGAAAAGAAAACCGGCCGCCGAACAGCCCAUUGGACGGAAAGGCGUCCCCAAACCUGACCAGCCCGGCCCCGGGGCUCACGGCCGUACACGCCGUCGGUCAAGUCAGGGGGAGCCAGACCAGGACGACACACGGGACAACGAACCGCCCUCGCCGUCCAGGCCGUACGCGCGCAUCGUGCCCCGCGUCCGACGCGUACGGCAGUCCACCAUCACCGCCAAAUGGGCACCCCUUUCCGGCCCGUCUCUCCCCGCCGUCUCAACGCUGCUGUACCUCGCCCACCGGCCCAUCCUCCAGCGCCUCUCCAACACGCACCAGCGCCGCGAGCACACGUCGGCCGCCCUGCGCCUCAUCACGCACCGCAUCGCCCGCAAGGUCACCCGCGGGCUGCCGUUUCCCCCGGCGUCGAUGCCCCCGACCUCUUCUUCGAAAUCAUCGUCAUCAUCAGCGGCAGCAGCGGCAGCGGCAUUAAGGACGAGGAAGCAGACGCAGCAACAACAGGCGUCGGACGGCGGCCGUGAGACGGAGCUCAACUUCGAGGGCGUGCUGGAUGGGAAAGCGGCGCUAGACAGGCAGCUCGAGCCCGCGGCCCACGCCGUCGAGCUACUCCGCCGGGAGAAGGAGCACGUGGAGCAGGAGCUGGAGAGGGACUACGAGAUGCUCCGGGCGCUCGAGGCCGGCGCUCGGGCGCAGGCCCGCGAACAGAGGGGCCUGCUGAAGAAGGCACACCCGUUGGCCCCCGAGCCUCUCAACGCGGAUCAUCCUCACCACCGCCACGACGAUGACGACGAUCAUGACUGCCGCGUGUUCACCAAGAGCCGCGAUCAAGACCCCGAUGCCCCCCGCGGCGGCAUCUUCGCCGAUGGCGACGUUGCCGACGCGGACCUGCGGCCGCUCGUCGCGCAGCUCGGCGGGCACGCGGAGAGCAUGCGCGCCAACCUCGCGCAGGCGGACGGCGUCGUCGCGCAGCUCGAGCGCAGCCGCGGGGCGCUGCUGGCGGCGCUGCUGCAGCACCUGAGCCCGGAGCAGUACGAGCGCGUGGUGCUCGGCGGCUGAAGCGUAUGGCCGGACGGACGGGCUGGUAAACGACCCAACUACAAUGGGGCUGUGAGGACCAGCGGGGGGGG